ACAAGGAACAGUACACAACCCUCUGGUCUUUGACAGAGUACUUUUUUUUAUAUGAAAAAGACGAGUGUAAGAGUGGAUUUGGAUUGCACAGGAUAUAUUUAAACAGCUUGGACAAAUGGAUGUCCCAGAGAACUCCCCAGGGAUCAUGGGGCUGCUGAAAACUUUCGACGCUUCAGAGUUUAGGAGUUGGGAAAAGAUUGGCUCCGGCGGCUUCGGACAGGUGUACAAAGUACGACAUAUCCAGUGGAAAACAUGGCUGGCUAUCAAGUGCCCUCCCAGCCUUCACUCAGAUGACAAGGAGCGUGCAGAGCUCUUGGAGGAGGCCAAAAAGAUGGAGGCAGCUAAAUUCCGCUACAUCCUCCCUGUAUAUGGGAUCUGCAGUGAUCCACAGGGCCUGGUGAUGGAGUAUAUGGAAACGGGCUCCCUGGAAACCUUGCUGGCCUCAGAGCCUCUGCCCUGGGAACUGCGAUUCCGCAUCAUCCAUGAGACAGCGGUGGGCAUGAACUUCCUGCACUGCAUGAAUCCGCCACUUCUUCAUCUUGACCUUAAACCUGCCAACAUCUUGCUGGACGCACACUACCAUGUCAAGAUUUCUGACUUUGGCCUAGCUAGGUGGAACGGAUUUACUAGGAAUGAUGAUAUUAGCCGCGAUGGGUUCUGUGGGACCAUUGCCUACCUCCCUCCAGAGCGGCUCAUCGAAAAAGAUAGAAUUUCUGACACUAAACAUGAUGUAUACAGUUUUUCGAUUGUUAUCUGGGGAAUUCUCACACAGAAGAAACCAUAUCAAGGGGAGAAUAACAUCCUGCACAUAAUGGUAAAGGUCGUGAAGGGGAUUCGUCCGGAUCUGGGGCUUAUUCCCCGCAUUCGACCUCAGGCCUGCUCAGGGUUCCUGUCCCUCAUGCAGAAGUGCUGGGCACAUUCCCCAGAGGCUAGACCCAGUUUUCAAGAGAUUACAUCAGAGGCUGAGGAGCUGUGCACUAAACCUCAUGACGAGUCCAGGGCUUCAGUGUCUUCAGAACCUGAAUCCCCCUGCCCUGCCCCAUCCAGCGAGCAGACAAACAUCCAAAAGCCAGUGAGGCCAAAGUCCGAAGUCAUGUUACCUGAGAAAGAUUACAGCCUGUCUGAGCUGCUGAGUCAGAUUGACUCCGGGCUCUCUCGCAGUUUUAGCAAUGUUAAAGAGGAAUCCCUUGAGAGCAAAGACAACACCAGUAAGAGACUCUCAGGCAUCUCUUCUGUGGAUUCAGCUUUCUCAUCCCAAGGCUCCAUUACGUUGUACUUUGAUAAGGAAAAUGUGAAUGACUCCAGUGAGUUACAGAAGAAGAAGCUUUGUGAAGCCAUUCGUACUGAGGAUUUUGCCAAACUCAUGAAGAUCCUCCAGCCACAAGAUGCUGACUUGCUCUUGGACGGUGGCAGCAACCUGCUUCACUUUGCUGUGGGACUUGCUAAUGAGGAAGCAGUAAAGUUUCUUCUACUUAACAAUUGCAACCCUAAUUUGCCCAAUGUAUAUGGAGCCACACCUCUCCACCUGGCAGCUGAAAAGCGGCUGAAGGGAGUGGCCGAAAUUCUCCUGAGCCGUAAGAUGACCAACGUCAACGCAAAGGACGAGGACCAGUAUACACCUCUGCAUUUUGCAGCCCAGAACGGUGACGAGGCCCUGACUCGUUUACUUCUAGACCGUUUCGCCUCAAUAAAUGAAGUAGAUGCCCAGGGUCGCACACCAACACAUAUCGCCUGUCAUCACGGACAGGAGAAUGUGGUGAGGGUUUUGCUAAGUCGUGGAGCUGACGUCCACUUAAAAGGUAAAGAUGACUGGACGGCGCUACAUCUGGCUGCUUGGAAAGGCCAUCUGGGAAUUGUAAAGCUCUUGGUGAAGCAAGCGGGUGCUGAUGUUGAUGGACAAACAUCAGACGGGCGUACGCCGCUCCAUCUGGCGUCUCAAAGGGGCCAGUAUCGAGUGGCACGAAUUCUAGUGGAGCUAGGCGCUAACAUACACCUGAUGUCCGACGGCCUUCACUGUCCACUUCACAUAGCUGCAGAAACGGGCCACACCAGCACUUCAAGGCUGCUGGUUAAACAUGGCGCCAACAUUCAGAGCCAAACUGCAAAUGGCUGCACCGCCUUGCACCUGGCUGCCCAGAAAGGCCACCUGCCCACUGUUAAAAUGCUUCUUGCAGAGGGUGCUGACCCACAGAGCACAAACCAUGCCCUUCACACACCAUGUCACCUGGCAGCAGAGAACAGUCAUUGCGAGAUCCUCAAGGAACUUCUACAGAGUUGUCCUGAGGUCGCUCACUCUCAAGACGAGAACGGCUUUACGGCCCUUCACCUGGCUGUACGUGGUGGCUACAGAGACAUAAUUUGCAUCCUGCUUGAACAUGGUGCCGAUGCAGCACCACUCUCUCCUCAACCUAUCCGAGAGCACAUGCUAGAGCAAACAUCCGAAUCUGAGCCGGAGAGUCCAAAUCCUCUCACCCCCACAACACUUCAGAGGAAAGUGGUCAUUCUGAAACUGACCAACUACAAAAACAAUGAUGGCACACAAAUCCCUGUAGACUCACUGUGUGGAUCGGCCCCUUGUUGAGGGCCCUGCUGGGGCUUGAGGCCUCACAGACUCUUUAAGACUUUUUACAAGCUAUCUGUACUCAUACACACUUUCUCCCUCUUAAAGGGAUAGUUCACGCAAACAUAAAAUUACUGACAUUAUUUACGUUAUGUUAUUCCAAACACUUGUGACACAGUAGAAUACAAAAGGGAAAUUUAAAAAAAAUAAUGAAUACUAAAUUAACACAGUUUAUAAAUAUUUUUUACAUUUUUUAAAAGUAUAUUAUAACGUAUAUCCUCUGAAUUCCUCUGUUGUUAGACCAAAUUUAAGUUAUUCGCUGAAAAUCUUGCAAGGGUUAACAGCUCACUUGAGGGGAAGAUUAUUAGGAAAUAAAAACAUACAUUUUGGUCUGUUCCUGACAUAAUGCUAUCGUAUGACUUCAGAAGACAUGAAAUAUAGUGCAUAAGUUGUAUGGACAUAAACCUUUUGUAGUUGUAUGUCCAUACAUUUUAGUAUAGAGCUUAGUAUAUGAUGACAGAAUUUUCAUAUUUGAGUGAACUACUUCUUUAACAUUCUUGCUUUGUUUUAAAGUCUGAUAAAUGCUGGAAAAGAGGGACUCAGGGAUUUACUGUACAUAUUGUAAUUAUUUGGUUGUGGCCAAUCAGAAAAACUUUUUCCAGGGAUUUUGGCUCUUGUUGGCGUUUCUCCUUAAUAAUAGAGUAAUUUUGUGAUUUGAAAUGCAUUUAUGUAUAUAUAAGUAAUGUAGAUAGACUGUACUUCCUUUUAGGGAGUCCACUUCCUGUCGUUUCCACGCCAUUGUUUUUGCAUUCCUGUUUUUGUUGUAUGUCUUUGAUUUCACAAUUUUCUUCUUAUUAAUUUUGUUACCGUAGUGCAGUGAUGAUUAAUGCAGCCUCAAGCAAAACUUUCUCCACACCCAAAAAUGUUGCAGAAAUUUGAGAUAUUAAAGAAACUGUACAGAUUAGAAAUAUUAGAAUAAGCUCACCCUCUGUAUACCAGUCAAAAGGUACUUUCUUCUUGAUCUGUCAGUGAUGCGUUGUCUGCUGAUAAUAUCAAGGUGAAUGGCAAUGCCGUUAGGCCAAUUAUUGUUUAAAUGGUUGAGUCUCUUUAUAAAGAUUAGUGUUUUUAGAGUCUUUUGGCUCAUACUAUGGGAACAGUGCCUGAGGGGGAUCACAGAUGUGUGUAGACAGUAUUU